AGGAGUUGGAAAACUCCGAGAAAGUUUUUAACUUCAAGUGCAUCUAUAUUUUGUCCACGUUACUGCGUUAAAAUAAAUUGACAGCAUAUAUUAAGUAGGUGGCGUUAAUAAGGAACUAUUCUUAGCUACUGUGCCAAGGAAAGUUUUUCAGGAAACCGAGUAUCAGUUCGCGAUAAACUUCUACGCUACUUCCUGGUUGUAGCUUGUCGGAGAAGGAAAUUAAGAAUAAGAGUGAUGUUUUGGGACUACUCUUACUGAAAUGUCAAGAAGAACGCAGUUAGCGGAGGGGGACGUACAGGUGAAGAAGGGGAGGCUACAGAGUAAGAAAAAUAAAUACCUCAUCAUCUGCCUUGGGGAUGAGAAAGAUGCGAGCUACAUUGAAGCAUAUGAAAACCGCAGCCAUUAUGAGAACCCCAGCCCAAAACACAAACCAAAACGCUACUCUCUGGAAAAUCUCAAGGAAGGAGAUUUGGACAAAGUGGAAAGAAACCAAGCCAGAGAAUUCUACAUUGACAUUCCAUUUAAGAAAGAAAAGCUGUGUCUGAUGUUUGAAAAUCGUGAAGUCCUGGCCCAGUGGCAUGAUGCCAUCAUUCAGGCUAUCAAUAUGGAUUCCUACGAGGAGGACGAAUUAAAGGAAAACUUUCUUUACGAAUCGGAGGACAGUGCACAAGUGUUUGAUGUUGUUGUGCAAGAAACGGAAGGUUCUAAAAGACUCAAUUUAAAUAAUUGUGGAAAAUAUAAACUAUUUGUUACCAUGGCUUCACUAGGCCUUGAAGAUACAAAGACGAGAGAAAUUAUGGGCAGGUGGCAUUUUGAGUAUAUUCGUCGCUACGGAUUUACAAAGUCUCGGAAUUUAUUCACAAUUGAAGCUGGACGACGUUGUGAGACAGGAGAAGGAAGCUUUGAUUUCCAUGUUGUUGGAAAUCCUAAAGCACUGACACUAGCCAUUGACAAUGCCACAAAAAGCAAGCAAGCCACAACUCUGACAUCAAGGCUGGGCAUGGAAUCAGGAAACAAAGACGUCGCAGAAAAGUCCAGAGAAUCGGUAAAAUCAGCCAAGAGGGCCUCAGAGCCACUGUCCAGAAAGUCGUCUAAUUCAUUGAAAAUUGAAAUUACCAAAGACAGCCAGUCUGACGAUGGGACCCAGACUCCUUCUACUUUACCAGCCGACUUCAAACACUCCUUGGAGGAAAAAAUCAGUAACCACCCCUCGUCUCCCAAACCUCAUAAGGAGGGUAGCGGCAAAGAGAAAAAGAGGGGGUUCUCAUUUCCAUGGAAGAGGGAUAAGAGUGAAAAGAAAGACAAUCCCAAAUUAGAAUGUAGUGAACCUAAUGAUUUGUAUGAUGAACCUGUGUUACCAGUAUCCAGUAAAGCUUCAGUGAAACAUAAGAAAUCUGAACCAAUUUAUGAUGAAGCUGGUGAAAAUAAGAACCCAGCACCUAGUGUUAAACCACCAGUUUAUGCAGAACCAGUCAAAGGUAAGACUGAGGCUUGGCGUAAUCAGGGAGCAUUGAACGAACAUCACGAAGAAGAUUACAAAAAAAUCAAAGAUGCUGCUUCCAAAGAUGGAGGAAAAUUGCCUCACAUUGCAGAUAGACCAUACGAUGAGGAUGACGAAAUGUACGACCGUGUGGAAUUGAAAGCAAAUCCCAAAGGGCCCAAACCCAAAAAUGCAGUCAUCCCUAAUGAUCACAUUUAUGGAAUAAAUUCUGGUAAAGACAUUGAGGAUAUUGACGAUGGGGACUAUGCAAGUGCUGAAUUUCCUGAAAACGAAACAACAAAAGUUAAAUCAUCAGAACCAGAACAAAAUGACUAUGAAUUUGAAAAUGAGGAUGACGAUGAUACUUACGCAGAUACGAUGAAUCCAACAGAGGAAUACGCAGAUGCAGUGUCAUGUGUUCGUAGUGAGCCUCCACAAAGUCGGCCAGUGUUGUACGAGGAUGUUAAUAACAGCUAAACAAAGAGGAAAAGAAAGAAAAUUGUGUUUUCUUAGAGCU